AUGGUGAGGGCGCUCGUGCUGGUGGCGCGGGGCGGGAAGGGCGGCGCUGGCCACGCCCCCUGCCGCGUGCUCUGCGCGCGCUCUUUCGGGGACCCCCUCCCCGGGGACCCCCCCCCGGACCCCGCCCGGGAGCGCCUCCGCCGCCGGGAGCAGAUCGCGGCCGUGGCCAGACAAGUGACCACCCAAUGCCACCUCCUGCAGUCCUCGUUGGCUCCUUCCUCCUCUUCCCAUGUCCCUGCUGAUCCCGUAUCCCUGCGGAACGCUCCCUGCGGCGUUUUCCAGCUGCCCCCCGGAGACCCCUUUCCCGAGCGGGUGUUGGUGCCUUGGCUCCAAGUGGGAGCUUUGGCUUUAGCUUUGGUUUGUGACCCCGAGGAGAACCUCACGUUGGCUGAGCUCACCCUGCGCCGCCUCGCGCCGCGUUUCCUCUCCUCCCUCCGGCUCCUGGAGCCCGGAGCCGAUGUCCUGCUCCAGCCGGAUACAGCCCAUGGGCUCCUCGAGCAUCUCCUGCCCCACGGGGAGAUGCUGUUCCUCAAUGAAGGCUUCAGGCAAGCCCUGGAUCAGGAGAUGGGCAUCAAAAGAGCCCGCUGA